AUGGGAGGUACCCGCCACAUCCCAAGAGAUAGAUAUAUAAAAUUUGCAGAGGGGCCAGGGUAUCAUGGUCUCAAUACGGAACUUUCAAUAGCCAUGAAAAAAAAAACACGACCAACCCUUUAUCUAGUUAUCAGUGCCUCGUACUCCAUUGGUGCGAUUGUGCGUUCAUCAUCAAGGCUGCCAAGAGGGGAGGACAUCAGCUGGUAG